GUUAAGUUUCACAUCAAGGCGAGAGAUCAGAACUGUGCGUGUACGUGUAUAAAGAAGAAGAAGCAGAAGUAGGAGACUGGAUACGACUUGUGUGAAUCAUCCGGGCGUUAUUUUCUGACCAUGUCUGCUUCAUCCAGGUCGUGUAUCGUGGUGGUGGCUCUGGUGUUUAUAUACGUGGUGUAUUUGUUAAUCGGAGCUUCUGUGUUUUCGACUCUGGAGAAGCCUCUGGAGGAGAAAGUUCGGGCCGAGAUGUUUCUCCUCAAACAGGAGCUUAUUAACAACACGAGCUGCAUUAACAUCUCCACACUGGACCGACUCUUAGAGAAACUCAUAAAUGCGAACAAAUACGGAGUGUCACUGGUGCAAAACACCUCCGAGAACUCGAACUGGGACCUGGCGUCAGCUUUGUUUUUCUCCAACACUCUGGUUACCACCAUCGGUUAUGGCCACACCACUCCACUGUCUGAUGCUGGGAAAGCGUUCUCUAUUGUGUAUGCCUUAAUUGGUGUCCCCUUCACCAUGCUGGUGCUGACCGCAUGUGUGCAGCGCCUGAUGGUGCCAUUGAACCUGCGGCCAGUGGCGUCCUGGUGUCGGCGGUUUGGAUGGCAUCCUCACACUGCCAGCACCAUACACUUUGUCCUCCUGCUCUUUCUGGUCAUUGUGAUGUUCUUUUUGGUGCCAGCUAUUGUUUUCAGCAUCAUCGAGGGCUCAUGGUCAUUUCUGGAGGCUUUUUAUUUCUGCUUCAUCUCCCUUUUUACCAUCGGGUUAGGCGACUUUGUCCCAGGCGAGCAGCCCAUUCAGAAAUUACGACCACUCUACAAGAUCUCUGUUACGAUCUACCUAUUUUUAGGUUUGAUGGCAAUGUACUUUGUCCUCCGUUCUUUCCAUAAACUGGCUGAUGUUAAGGGAUGGACAGCAUUUUUCCAUUUGCCCAGCCUUGAUGACGAAGGUGAAGAAGACAAUGAAAGCACCUCUGAAGAACAUAAUGUGUGCGAGAGGGACAGAAAACCACUGGAUCCAAGCGCUCGUGUCUCCUACAACUCCAUCAGUAGAUAGACACCUCCAGACUGACGCUAUGACCACUGAGCAGUGGAGAAUGAGUGAAGUGUGUGUGUUUGUUUGGGUCUUCAGCUUUAAUUUUGCAAACCAGUGCAAUAUUAACAUGUAUUGAUGCACAGUUUCUUCAUGGUUUGUUGUUCUGUAUCCAGAGUAGAACUGAUACAGUUUUUCUAGGGGAACUGGGUUGUUUCAUAUGCUUAUGUUUUUCUUGACUAUAUUUUCAUGUUAACUGGACCAAUUUGUGGUUGUUGUUUUUUUCUAUAGUAACCAAAACAAGCAAUUACUUUUUUAAUAGUUUAUUUUUUUUUUUUUUCAUUUGAACCACAUUACAUUUUGCUUUGAAGCCAGGGGGAAUGACCGUAUCAGCUAUGACACUUUUUUUAGUUUUAGUACUUGUUGGCUGUUUGGACCAGUUGUUGUUGUUUUUUUUUUUUCUGAGAAUCAUGUUGCUGUCUUUCCAUUUAGUCCUUGGUUCUUGGGUGCAUUUUGGAUAAACAUACUAUUUAAAGGUAUUAGAUGUGGACAUUUAACACAGUGCAAUAUCAGUCACUCUGUAUGGAGUUGUUUGUCUUUAGUUUUCUCCACUUACACGGUUAGGGAAGCAUCUUUGAUCUGAGGCCUGCUGUUUUUGUAGGACCUCUUUGUAAUCUAUGCAACAGUUAAAAAUAAUAAAAAUUAGAAAUCAUUUUAUUUUGCAUCUCUUGUUUAGACCACUUGUGCCUUGUUAAGGUUUAAACUUGAACAUUUGAACUCCUGUACUGACAAUCUGUGAAACCUGAUAUUCAUGUUAUUUAUAUAUGGCUGAAUAUUUUUGCUUUUUAUUACUUACUAAGAAAACAUGUUAAACGUGUUGAAGUUUUUUUUUUUAUUAUUAUUAUUCAGACUGUCACAGAGGUGCAGUACAGAAAACAUUUACACGGUCCCUUAAUAUUGCUAAUAUUACUGUCACGGACAUUCAGUUUAAAGGGGGUUGCCUUUUUGGACUCAUUUCUGAACAGUUAGAAUCUGAACGUCCUGACUGAAUUUCCUUAUCUGAGAAGGCUCUUAUCUAAUCCUGAAAGCCUUCUUGUAAUGCUGUACUAAUGUAAGCUAUGGUUUAAUUUUGAUACAGACAUAACUAGUGAAAUAUAGGUCUACGCAGUCUUAAAUACUAUUUGUAUUGUUGAAUUGUGAUGAUGAAGCUAUACUAUAUUAUGACUGAUGGCUAGUAAUGGUUUAUUGUACAAGACAGAAGAUCGCAUAUGGUAAACAAAAUCAUUGGACUGCCUUGUCCAAGGUCACACAAUGCUCCUACUCUCCAAAUGGCGAGCUUUAGUCCAUUGUCAGUACCCAGUAAAGCAGCCUUUUGCUCAGAUAAACAUGUUGAUAUUUUGAAGUGUCUGUUAAUAUUAUUAUUAUAGGCAAGCACCUGAUUAAAUCUGAUGUUGAUGUUUGAUGUGCAGCAUCAGUGACUCAUGUGAAACAUAACACAUUAUUCUAUUUACCUGUAUGAUUAAUUUAGGAUUAAUCCGAUUAUAAUUGUUGUUAAUGUAACUAUGUGAGUGGGAACAAAAAGGGCUAAACUACAAGAGGGGAAGAAAGGAUAUAAAUGAACACAAACAGUUUGAAAGUUUCAGACAACUAAUUAAUCAUGUCAGAAGUUAAUAAAAGAAAUCUAACUAACUAAACUACUAAAGAAAAUGUUUCACAUAAACACUCCUGUGGUUUGACAUUACAUUAAAUUAGAAAUGACUUCAGUGUUCAAAAUGUUCAUUAAAUUUUAGCAACAAAGUGAACAACUGCUGUUAAAAGAAAUAAUAAUAAAUGAACAAUGACUGGCA